AACAGAGAUAACUACAUCCGCUCCUGCAAACUCCUCCCCGACGGCCGCACGCUGAUCGUGGGAGGGGAGGCGAGCACGCUCACCAUCUGGGACCUGGCUUCCCCCACGCCCCGCAUCAAGGCCGAGCUGACCUCGUCCGCCCCAGCCUGCUCGGCUGGGCUGGUGGACCUCAACAAGGGAUACUCCACUGAAGCAACCUGUUUUGCGUGCUCCCCUUGAAGACUUGGAUUUUUUUUCAUUCCUCCCGUUUAAAGGCAAUUCCAAGGCCACACGGACGGCGCCAGCUGCAUAGAUAUCUCGCACGACGGUACGAAGUUGUGGACGGGAGGUCUGGACAACACCGUGCGGUCCUGGGACCUGCGGGAAGGGAGGCAGCUCCAGCAGCACGACUUCACCUCCCAGAUUUUCUCGCUGGGGUACUGCCCGACGGGCGAGUGGCUGGCAGUGGGCAUGGAGAGCAGCAACGUGGAGGUGCUGCACCACACGAAACCGGACAAGUACCAGCUGCACCUGCACGAGAGCUGCGUCCUCUCCCUCAAAUUCGCCUACUGCG